CCAGUAUGAGAUUGGUAAUCUUUUUGGUACUAGCAAAGAACGUCAAAACAUCGGACCUCCUCGAACUUCCAGAGUCGACAUAAUCGAAGAAAAAUAAUAACAAUAAUAAUAAUCCGAAAUUCCAAAAUUAAUUGCUUGAAGUUUCUCACAAUCCAAACGCACACCCAUUACAAAUUCAGAAAGAGAAACAACCAAGAAAGCUUUCAAUUUCCCUUUUUGUUCAAUGGAGGAUAGCUUGUCGAAGUCACCCAAGCAAGAGGAAGAAGCCGAAGCACCGGGCCGCGGUGGCGGAUGGGGUGGUUGGGAUUUCUCUCCCUUCUCCGUUCUAUCAGAUCUCCAAAAGGCCGCUACUGUCGCUGCCCAAGGGAUCUCUCGCAAUGCUGUUGAGGUUGCUAGGACUGCAGCAAAAGGCAUUACAGCUAUGCAGAAUGUGGCUGAAGACUCAGAAUCUUCUAAGGAGGGUGAUGGGGAAGAAUCUGCAGUUGAAGGAGAAGAUGAGGAUGAAGAUGAAUUUGACAAUCAGCGUAAGGCUGCUUUCGAUAAAUUGGAAAAGGGUUUGAAGGUUCUUGAUAGUUCUGUAGAGAAUUUUACUUCAGGAGCAUGGCAGGUAUUAGGAAGUGCAUUGAGAGGGGGUUCUAAUUUUGUUCAGAAGCUUGAGCAUUCUGCAGAAAACCUUGCUGAAUCUGUUCAACAUGGGGGUCCUGUUGCCCCAUCCAUAAUAGAGAGUGGAAAAGCUUUUACUGCAAAGGGAAUGCAUGUGCUACAGCUUGUAGGUAAGGAGACCAUGGAUCUUCUGAUUACAGAAACUGGUAUUGGAGUUGGGAAGAAUCUGAAGGGCGUUCACCUGCAAGAUGAUGAGGAACAAUCAUUUGAAGAAGUCACAUUCAAUAGAUGCUUUUACAUAAAUAGAGGUCCAGAACAGUUGGAGGUCUCUUUCUUUAUCUUCUUGGUUGAAUAUUUUUCAAAUUUUGAUGCUAUGCCGGCUGGAAUAAUACUUCUGGUUCAAGCUUUUAAAUUGUUAUCACUUCAAGAAUUGGAGGCAUUGUCCAACAACUAUGCUCUGUUGUUUAACCGAAGAAAAGCAAAGCUAUCAUCUGAACAAAAGUCUUUUUAUGACGGAAAACUAAAACAAGUGCCACAAUUUUUUAAUUUAAGUUCUGAAAUUGAUGGAAGCGCUGUUGAGUCAGAAAAAGGAAAGAAAAUAGAGAUUGGAGCUGAGGGUGGUGCUGAUGAGAUUAAGAAUUUACACAAUUCUAGUGUCAGGAAGGCUGCUGAAAUGGCUGCUGGGUAAUAUUGACUUGGUUUAUUCGAAGAGUUUUACUUUGUUUUAAGAUUUUGAAUCAAUGUACUUGUAGAUAAGUACCUCCAUAUGCAUUUGCUUAUGUGUGUGCUCAAUAUAGACCAACCACUAGAGCAAAGAAAACAAGAAACAGUUCUGUAAUGUGUAAAAGCUAUUUACCAAAAGAAAAAUCUUACUUUGGAAAUGGCUUCUUAUUAACAAUUGGCUAAAUAUCAAAAGCUUAUGGAGGAUGCUUAGGGCGAUAUAAUUUUGAACUCAUUGCAAAUAGUUUAAAGGUGAUUAGGUCAAUCUGAAUGUGUAGAGUUGAACAAAAUGAAGUGUGAUGCAUGACAUUAAUGGAUCAUGAGGCAUUCCUUUAAUUAAAAAAAAAAAAAUAAUAAUAAUAAUAAUUUUAAUAUAGGAUUGCGUCUGAUAGAAGACCUCCAAAUAGUAUUAUGACUUUAUAAUCAUGUUUCUAUUGGUGAGAACAGUCAGAUUAACAACUUAUAUAGACUUACUGAUUAAGUUAAUAUGUUACGCCCUAUGAAGCAAGGUUAUUUCGGCAAACAUGUUGUACUCAUACCGGGUAUUGAUACUUUGCAUGGUACUUCUGAAUAUAUAUUGGAUACACAAAAUACGUACUCAAAUUUUUUCUUCUUAAUUUUUGCCAUACCCUAGAGGUACCCAGUAGGCACCCAAGCCAUACCUCAGCCAGAAAAGUAUUUUCAUCUAUACACAGAUGAAUUUGAUUGGACUC